AUGCAACAGUCUGACCCAUCCUUUGAACUGGAUCCCUCGGUAGAAGAACACUUGAAGCUAGAUACAUUUGAGGGAAAAUUCGAUGUUAAGGACUUCGUUGGAUCUGUAUCAGAAAGGCUCAUCACUCAAUCAAAGACAAACUCCGGUCCCUUUGACCCCAAACCUUUCAUACGGACGUUUGAGGCGGCUGUAGACAGACUGAUCGCGGUUAGAAAGGACGUUCAAGCAAAAACAGAACAGAUGGAAAAGAGUGUACGUGUUGCAGAAAGAGAGUAUUCCAAGAAGAUGGUUGAACUGAACCGAGGCUUCGAGGCUGUCGGUUCGUCAUUUUCUACCAUGGAGAGCAAAAUGAGUGAGGUAGGACGAACAUCAAUUAGGAUUGGUGAACAGCUAGAGUCUGUGCAUAUAGAACGCCAGAGAGCACAAGCCGCUUAUGAUCUGAUCGACUAUUACAACCAGUUCUCUCGAGGAGAUACUUCCCAUUUAGAUACUUUGAAGAAAGAAGGGCGAGAGGGUCGGCGUCAAGUAGCUGUUAUAUUGAGGCGCUUGACAACCGUGGCAAGAGAGGUUGACCUCCCGACUGCUGAAAAGGUAUGUUGCUAUGUUCGAGCAUCUUAUACCAGAGAAAGCAUAGAUAAAUAUUGCGAGAAGUUUGAGAAGGACAUGCUCUAUCUCUUUGAUAGAUGUUAUCGCAAAGGCGAUCCAAAGAUGAUGCAUCAUUGUGCACAAACGUUGCUCGAUUUCAAUGGAGGCGCGUCAUGCGUGCAGGUUUACGUUAACCAGCAUGACUUCUUCAUAAACAAGAUCCGCGAAAACCCUGAUUAUAGCGAUGCUGCUCUCUGGGACACUAUCAUAAAUCCUGACGCCAGUCCGCCCAAGACGGAAUCAGGUUUGGUGGAAUUAUUUGCGGAGAUUCGCGGCACCGUAGGCCAGGAAGCGCAAAUAGUACAAGCUGUCUUCCCUAAUCCACCUUUGGUGAUGCAAGUAUUUUUGCAAAGAGUUUUUGCGCAGUCUAUUCAACAAUACAUGGAACAACUAUUGAAUAAAGGUUCCUCCUUGUCCGACUUGGCAUAUCUGCGCGUAUUGCAGCUUGUGCAUAUUCAAACGUCUGCUUUGGUGGAAGACCUUAAAGCACACGAGCUUCCUUCUAUCACUCCCAUCCGAUCUUCGCUUGAUGUGACCGACUUCCGGCGAACACUAGCAGGCGCGCCCUCUACUUCUGCCCCGCCAACGUCGACAACGAUUGGAGCUAUGCUAGAAACUGCCAUGGAGGAGUUGUUUGUGUCAUUUAUCGAGGGUAACAAAUAUCUAGAAAGAGAAAGCAAAAGCUUAAGUGAACUCUAUGCUGGCCUGCUCACUACUUUUACACGGUUCCAUGGGAGGAUCCAAAAAACAAAAUCAUCCAUGUUCGAUCGUAUGGUUAAUCAACUCAGUGCAGCUGCUGCCAACACUUCGACGACUGGUGCAUCAAGUACUUCUGCGCAAGCUGCAGCUGCCCUAAUGAGGUUUGGUGGUAUAAGUGCUGAUCGGCUGCAAGAUAAAUCAUCGGAGGAACCUUUACGAGAGGAAGAUGGGCAGUUGAGUGUCCUUGUCGCGGAGAAAAUGUUGAAGUGGCAUGCAGAGGCCGUUGGAAGGUGUAUUGAGCUUAGCCCUCAAAGUGACGCUGCAAAGAAUACUUUUGCCUUACUCCGAGUUUUGGCUGAAGCCAUUGGCAAUGCUUAUGUCGAGACGGCCAUUGAAAGUGCUCACGCCCGGGUGGAAGCCGCAGAUCCAAAAGCAGAGCCUAAUCUUCAGGCUUUUGCAGUCUUAAAUACGGCAGAUCUGAUAUGUCAUCUUUGGCAACAGUAUGUGAACAUAGCGCUUUUUCCUCUAGCCAGCUCUUCUGUUACUAUCCGACGAGAGAUGACUGUCUUCAACAAUCAAACUGUCAGCCGAUUAGAGGGAGGAGCUAACAGUCUAUUACAGCGUGUAAUUGACGCUAUUGUAUCAUGGCUCUCUUCUCUACUCGUAAAACAAAAGAAGAACGAUUUCAAGCCACGUAACGAUGAUCUAUCAUUCGCCCGAGUGAAUACGGAACCAUGUGUCGCGUGCUGCGAAACCCUAGAAAGAGUCCGUGAUGCUGCAAUGCAAAAGCUGAGCGGUAAGAACUUGGAGGUCUUCCUCACAGAAGUUGGCGUCGCCUUCCACAGUUUAUUACUUGACCAUUUGCGAAAGUUCCCAGUGAGUGCUACAGGAGGGCUGAUGCUAGCGAAAGACCUCAAGUCAUAUCAAGAUACAAUUGCAUCGUUCAAAAUCCCAUCACUACUGGAGCGCUUUGAGUUCAUCCGUCAACUCGGAAACGUCUUCCUCGUCCGACCUGAGAUUCUUCGAUCAUACAUUACCGAGAACUACCUGGGAAGGAUCGAUUCAAGUCUGCUUAAACCAUACCUUGCUCAACGUAGUGAUUGGGGUCAGUUCGAAAAAGGGUUCAACGAUAGUGCAGACAUCGAGGAUACGAGUCCUGAAGUGUCAACCAAGGGACUCAAAGAUCGCUUUAAGAUGGCUCGCGUCAGUAUGAUGAUGAAAGAGCUCGAGGGGCUCAAACUUGGGGAAGGGAUGUCCAUGAACAUUCCCACAAGCUUCGCUGGUAGCUUCUCUAUCUCUGCACGAGGACUCGGUGGUAACAAUAACAACAACACUAGCUCAACGUUGUAA